AUGCCACAUUCCAAUGCUACACGCUGUUGUAUGUUCGUUAACUACACUGUCCUUUGUCUUUCCUGCAUCGCUGCCAUGCCGCCCAAGAAGGCGCAAACAUCUGCGCCAGCCACUUCGCCUAAGAAAGGGAAAGCAACCGCUUCUGCAAGCCCCGCUGCGAGUACAAGGUCGUUACGAAAAGCCAAUCCUUCAGCCGAAAAGGCACCAGACACAACCGAAAAGGAAGCAAAGGUUGCGAAAAAGCCAUCGCCCGCUAAGAAGACCACUACAGCGCAAGGCACACGAGGAAGGUCAGCAAAGAGCCCUUCGCCCGUCAAAUCCUCCAGAGAUCCCACCAUGCCAGCUGCCAACAAAUCUGCUGCUGGAAGAGCAGGUAGCAAGAGGCCAGCACCAGAAGACGAUGCUCCAGGGUCGCCGGCCAAACGUGGUCGUGGUCGUCCAAGGAAGGAUGCGACACCCGUUGAUGAAGACGAUGUCAUGGAGUCUAUCGAAGAGCCCACGCGCCGUGCUCCAGGCAGACCACGAGCUGACACUUCACGAUCACGAAGCAAAAGUGCAGCCAACAGACAUCGCUCCGGGCAAGAUCUGGAGAAGCAGCUGCAGCCUCUGACAGAUGCUGAUGAUAAACCAAGGCAACGAUCAGCCAGUCUGGCGAGGAGGGAAACUCCGUCGGAUGGGUCUAAAUUGACGCCAUCACGCAAGAGGGCGAACACAGGCAUGGCUCAAAGUGGUCUGUCCGAGUCAAUGGUCCGCUCCUCAAUCUCAGCUCGCCAACACCAUCUCCAGACUCUGGAUGGUGACGACGAAAGCGAUACGGCAGACGUUGGGGAAGACAAUGUGGUUCGAGCUGGCAACAAUGAUAUCCGGCGAGGAGCGCCUGCCCAGGGCAAACGCGCCAGUCAGCAAGUUUCAGCGUCAGCAGCUCGCGGCGGACCUGGAGGUAGUUCAAAGAAGCCAAGCGUCUCUGGUACACCCAUAGAAGCUGGAAACGGCUCAGUUACAUCUUUUACCAACCCAGAGAACAUCCCGGGUGAUGAUCACACCACCAGUUACGUCGAUAGUCAAGGCCGUGGUCCCUUCAAGAAUCCAUUCCACGAGAAGAUGCCACUGAAGGAGUCGUGGUACCGCAACAUGCCGCCCAUGUUUCCCUUUGGCGAGACGCCAUACUUUGAGCAGAAGAUGAGUGAUCAGAUUAAUGCUGAUCUGAGCAGAAGCCACGAAGAGACGCUCGAGGCGCAGAAGAGGCAGAAGGGAUCGGGAGGCCUCAUUGGCAGCAUCAGUAGCAGUAUCAGCAGCAUAGGAGGUGGCCUUGUGAAUACGAUCACAGGAGGUCCUUCUACUAGCCCGACCAAGAGCACCAAGAAAAAGACAACUGUCGAGGCUUUGAAGAAAUUCACUCCCUGGGACUUGCCGGAAGUUGACUCGGAUGUGAUUCACAGCUUCGCUCGACAGUCGGGUAUCGCUGCUUGA